CCACCUACUGCAAACCCGAGCUGACAGUCGGAGCAAUGCUAGCAGCAUUUCCAUUCCAAAAUCGUGUCCGAGCAGAAUAAAGGUGCUUUUUAAAACAUAAAGAAUAGUAAAAUCUCUUUGCAAGCUGACAAGAACAAAGAAAGAUAGCUGGCUCUUUGUCCUAACUUCAACAAUGGAGAGAAGAACAAACAGAAGAGAAAAGGAAUGCGAUGAAAAACACAGCAACUCUGAAGGCUCUGAGCAAGACAAGGAGUACAAAACGUCUCUGAUUACUCUGAAUGUUGGCGGCUACCUAUAUAUCACACAAAAACAGACACUAACCAAGUACCCAGAUUCUUUUCUGGAAGGGAUCAUAAACGGAAAAAUUAUGUGCCCAUUUGAUGCAGAUGGUCAUUACUUCAUAGACAGAGAUGGACUCCUUUUCAGACACAUUCUCAACUUCCUACGAAAUGGAGAACUUCUUCUACCAGAAGGCUUUCGAGAAAAUCAACUUUUGGCACAAGAAGCAGAUUUUUUCCAGCUCAAGGUACUCUCGGAUGCAGUGAAAUCAAGGUGGGAGAAGGAACAGCUAGCAUCUCGAGAGACUACUUUCCUGGAAAUAACUGACAGCCAUGACCGUUCACAAGGACUUAGAAUCUUUUGUAAUGCUCCUGAUUUCAUUGCAAAAAUAAAAUCCAGAAUUGUACUGGUAUCCAAAAGCAGGCUGGAUGGAUUUCCAGAGGAGUUCUCGGUAUCUUCAAAUAUUAUUCAAUUCAAAUACUUCAUAAAGUCUGAAAAUGGUACACGACUGGUACUGAAGGAGGACAACACCUUUGUCUGCACCCUGGAAACUCUUAAGUUUGAGGCUAUCAUGAUGGCUUUAAAAUGUGGAUUUAGACUGCUGACCAGUCUGGAUUGUACGAAAGGGUCAAUUGUUCACAGUGAUGCACUUCAUUUUAUCAAGUAAUCACAGAGAAACGAGUGUGCAGCCAGUAAAUCUCCUUGACCUGCAGCCUCCUGGCAUUGCAAAUAAUGUAUCUAACUAGCCUUGUACCACAGAGCUCAGCUGCUAAUCAAUUGAUGUGAGCUAAUGGUAUGUAAAUCUCAUAAUUACAUCCAUUUCUGGCUUACCUAAGACGAAUGAAAAUUUUAUGCCUGAAUUUAAUAAAAAUUAUCUGCUAAACACUGUAAACACAGAUUGAAUGCUUUAUGCCAUUUCUAAUACAUUUUUUCGAUGCUGUCUUUCAACCAGAGAGUCUAGAUGAAUUUUUGUGUACUUGUAUGACUAACAUGCACACACUAACUGCUCUGCUGAACAGCAGUGAGAGUAUUUUCAUAUAAUAAGUAGGCUUAAAACCUGUUUUGCUUAUAAAAAUUCAGAAUGGAUUUUGACUGGAAUAAAUGAUUUUGAUUGCUCAUU